CCUUCGCUGAGCCUGCGCGGCUCUGCCGCGCCGACGAGUCUCCCAUCGCUGUGUCCGUCCGCCGGGCCGGGCCUGCCGUCCGUUUGUUCGUCCUGCUGUCCGGGUGACUUCUAAGCGGAGCGGGGGCUCAGGCGGUGACAGCCUCGACCCGAGCAAGCUGCGUGAAUGGGGCACUGGACCCAGAGUGCCUACCCUCACCUUCCUGGGCCUCAGUUUCCACAUCUGUGCAAUGGGGUUGACCAUCCCUGUCCUGCUGGCCGCCAGGAGCGGCUGUGAGUCUGUGGGUGUGGCGGAGGCCUGUGGGAAGCCAUAGGGCCUUUUCACAGGCCCGGCCUUCACCAUGGCGGGAGGGAGACCUCAGCCCAAGAGGAGUUUCUCCAUCAUUCCCUGCUUUGUCUUCGUGGAGUCAGUGCUUCUGGGCAUCGUGGUCCUGCUCGCUUACCGCCUGGAGUUCACGGACACCUUCCCCGUGCACACCCAGGGCUUCUUCUGCUAUGACAGCACCUAUGCCAAGCCUUACCCGGGCCCUGAGGCUGCCAGCCGAGUGCCUCCCGCUCUCAUCUAUGCCCUAGUCACUGCGGGGCCCACCCUCACGAUCCUGCUGGGGGAGCUGGCGCGUGCCUUCUUCCCCGCGCUGCCCUCCACCAUCCCCAUCAUCGGGGAGAGCACCAUCGUGUCGGGGGCCUGCUGCCGCUUCAGCCCCCCACUGCGGAGGCUGGUCCGCUUCCUGGGGGUCUACUCCUUCGGCCUCUUCACCACGACCAUCUUCGCCAACGCUGGGCAGGUGGUGACUGGCAACCCCACCCCACACUUCCUGUCUGUGUGCCGCCCCAACUACACGGCCCUGGGCUGCCCACCGCCUUCGCCCGACAGGCCGGGGCCCGACCGCUUCGUCACCGACCAGGGCGCCUGUGCCGGCAGCCCCAGCCUGGUGGCCGCUGCGCGCCGUGCCUUCCCCUGCAAGGAUGCUGCCCUUUGCGCCUACGCGGUCACCUACACAGCGAUGUACGUGACACUCGUGUUCCGAGUGAAGGGCUCCCGCCUGGUCAAACCCUCGCUCUGCCUGGCCCUGCUGUGCCCAGCCUUCCUGGUGGGCGUGGUCCGCGUGGCCGAGUACCGCAAUCACUGGUCAGAUGUGCUGGCCGGCUUCCUGACAGGCGCUGCCAUCGCGACAUUUCUGGUCACCUGCGUUGUACACAACUUCCAGAGCCGGCGGCCCUCUGGCCGAAGGUUCUCCCCCUGGGAAGACCUGGGCCAAGCCCCCACCAUGGACAGCCCCCUCGAAAAGUUAAGUGUGGCCCAGGAACCCGAGGCCUGCAGGCCGCAUUCGACACCGGCACGGCUCACCCCAUCCAAGUCGCAGAACUGUGCCCGCCGUGGCCACCUGAUCCCCAGCUGCGUGUCCUCCAGGGCUCCAGCCAUGUGCUCGUCGCCCCGUGUGCCCCGCCCUCGAUUGAGGUCUGAGCCGACGCCCCUCCCUCUGCCCCUACCCCUGCCGGCACCAGCCCCCAGCCAGGGCCCCUCACCCUCCUCCCCUGGGCCUGGGGGGCCGGGUGGGGGUGGUGGACGGGGUCGGAAGCUGAUGCUGCCCACACCCCUGCUUCGGGACCUGUACACCCUUAGUGGACUCUAUCCCUCCCCCUUCCACCGGGACAACUUCAGCCCUUACCUGUUUGCCAGCCGUGACCACCUGUUGUGAGGCCCCACCACCCACCCAGAAUCUUCCAGGUCCCUCUUCCUUCCCUGCCACACGUGAGUGUGCGUGUGCCAUGUGAGUGCCAAAGCCCCCUGUGCGCCAACCAGCCGGGCCUAGAUGUUAGAGGCUGGCUGGAAGGACAUUUGGGGAGGGCCCUUCCUCUCUUGCCCUCUGGGACAUCCAGGUGGGCGUAACUGGGAGGUGGGCCCUUGCCCCUAGGAUGGCUCUUUUAAGGGCCAAAACCUGACCCCCACUGGCCACUGCUGAGCCAAUGGGAGUCCCCAGUUCUAAAACUUCUACUCGAAAGAAGUUUACUCCAGCCAACGGGAGCCUCCCCUCACAUCUUAGAAUCCUCAGGCAAGAGGGUAACUCCAGUUAGUGUUCAGCGUCUGAACAACCAAUAGGAGUCCUUGGUUUUCGGAAUCUCUAGGAUGGGUGGGUAUGAUUCCAGUCAAUGGGGGACCGCCAAUGUCUAAGCAUGUGCAAAGGAGAGGAGGGAGGUGGGGUCAUCCUGUGCUAUCGGGUCCUCUCUCAGAAUGGAGAGUCCAGCUGGAGAAUGGGGGGCAGGCUCCCCCGUGGCAGGGUCCUUGGAGCACCCCUUCCUCUCUCAGCCCCUCCCCCAUGUGCAACCUCACUCAGUCCCUCCUAACUCCCAACUUACGCAGGGCUUGCCCCAGUUCAGAGGUUUUGGGGUUCAGGGUGCUGUCUCUCCCCUUGUCUGUGCCCAGGUCACCCCAGACCCCUCUGUUAUUAGGGCUGUGGGAAGGGACUUUUUUUUGCCUUGGAAUCUGUCCCUGUCCUUUACACUGCCCCCCACCCUGGGCUCCAGCCUCAUGCAGAUGUGCCAUCAUGGGGGGCAUGGGUGGAGCAGAGAGGGCUCCCCUGCCCCAGGCAGCCAAAGGCAGUGGGCAGAGGAGAUACUGCCCCCCUUUCCUGCCCCCUCCUUAUCUUUAAUAAAGACCUGUUUGUAACAGAA